AUGGACUUUGCUAAAGUAUUGAUAGGAGAUCAAGACAUCGAUGAUGUUGGGGGCGAUUGUGCACCACAUGAUUUGGCACCAUCUGUUCAGAAUUCUCAACAACACUUCCAUUUGAAGACCAUAUCCAAUCUUUGGCCAGAGGUGAUCAAUGCUGGUCUUGAGGCUUAUUUCGAUCGAUUCGACUGGUUUGUCCAACUUUUGCACGAGCCAACCUUCGCAGCCCGCGCGUCUGAAAUACUCCAGACCUCGACUUGGGAGGAAGAAGAACUUUGUGAGGUUAUCCUGGUCUUGAUGGUUGCCGCCUUAGGCUUUCAGUGCGCUUCAAAUGACGAUUCAUGGUACGGGCAUCAACUGCUGAAUCCUCUCAACGUUAAUGCCAUGUCAAUGGCGAAAUCCCUACUCACAGAGGUUGGCGUCCACUUCUAUCAAGUCCUUAUGCAGUCCAGGAUCGAAGCUUACCAAAUAGUCAUGUUAUUAAACAUCUACCAUGUCUACUUUGGCUCCCUAAAUUUCGCACGGCACAUUUCUGGUAUUCCAGCUCAAUGUGCUCAUAAGCUGGGUCUUCAUCGCGACGAUGGGAGCACUUUGGAUCAUAUCUCCUAUCAAGUUGGAAUCCGUUGUUGGAAUCACGCUGUCGUUGGUGAAUUGUUUGCGUCUAUGAUCUACGGCAAGCCAACGUCACUGGAUCCUAGCUUUGCCAGGUUUCGACAUAUGACAGAUCUACAGGAUCAAGACUUUCCACCAUUGACGGCAGGUCUGACGAUCCUCAAUGACAGCAGCACCCCUUUAUCACCUCUGAAGUUUCAUGUCCUCAAAUUUGAGUUAUACGGGGUCAUCAAGGAUCAUCUUCAAGCGACUAAGGCACUAGAGCUUGGGCCUAGAAUCACAGUACAAGAUCUUACUUUUUUGGUACAAGCAGUCAAAUUGGCGGAAGUGAAGCUGGCCAAAUGGCGAUCUGAAUUGCCGCCUGUAUUUGAUCCAAGCCACUGGACGGGUUCUGACCCUUGGGGCGACCUUCUUGUUGACGACUUGUCUUGUACAGCAAAGGAUCGUUCGUGCAGACGCAAUCUUGCACUACAAGGGGUCGUUCUUCAGGUUUUGCACGAUUCUGCCAUCAUCAUGUCCCAUCGGCCAUUACUUCAAUGUCGCAUAUCAAACUCAAGUGACCUGACCUCAGCCUUGAAGGACAUUCCAGACUCACUCGGAAUCUCUGCAGCAGCAGCCUUGAGAAUUUCCCGAAUUCCUAUUGGCCGAUUUGAGCAUCACCUGGCUCUUUCAUUCACGUUCAUGCAUCUUUUCACCGCUGGAGUCAUUUUAUGUGUCCCACCAACAUGCCUUCCAUACAGUCAGCUGGCUAGCGACUCGAAAUCCGGGGUUUUGAGAAUCAUCUCUGCAAGUCGAGCUCUGGAAAGGACCAAUAGCAUUGCUCGAUACACUAACCAGCUUCUGACGAAGCUCUACCGAAAAACGAUACAGCAUGAGAUGGAAAGUGCCUUGAGGAAUGCAGAUCCUGAGACUUUUGCCUUGGCCUCUCAUCGAAGACCAAACAACGUGCUGCCCGUGGCAUGGACAGAGACUUCUGCCGCACGGCCUGGCAUUAAUUCCAAGGUGUCACCGUCGCUCCAAGUAUCUCCCGCAGAAACCGAUUACGACGCAGCACCGGUACCCGGAAGUUGUGGCACGGCUGACUUGGAAGGGGAAACACGGCUUGGUCUUGACAUGAGCACACUUGACGCUUCUGCUCAACCUGCUUUCUCCUAUGCACUCUUUGAUUCGGCUCAACGCGAGACCUUUGUCCCGUACAUUAAUGACCACUUGGAGGAGGCCUUUGGCGCCUUUGAGCAGAUGUUUGAUCUCAAUUUUUCGACCCAUUCGCCUUACAACGACUUUGGAUACAAUAAUCCAUUUGCAUGA